CCGCGCUAAACGAGAUGACGAGUCAAGGUCGAGGACUUUGCUACUCAUGUAUAUACAACAGUACGAGUACAUCUAUAGGAUCUAUAGCUAUAUAGCUCAGCUGCUCACUCCUCUCUAUCAUACCCAGUACCAUUUGAUCGAUAUUUUCCGAGUCCAGGUUCAACAUGCCGGACCAAGCACCGGAUGCCUCUUCGUCGUCGAUCACCAUCACCGACCUCCUCAUCACCCUCCCCGCAGGAAUAGGUCUCUCAGCAUUCUCCUUGCCCAACCAACCAUGCCAGGUCCUUGUUACCGUCACCUGUCACCUCCUCCCUCAUUGCCUUGAACCAUCUCCGGCGGAUAAAGAUGGAGUGGUCGAUGAUUGGGAUACGCUAGGAUUGGGAAAGAGCGUCAACUACUCGGCUUUAGGGAAAUCUCUGUCUAAACGCCUUACCGAGGCCGGGAGUGGGCAAGAGGUCGACGUCAGAUCUUUGGAAGAUCUACUCCAGGUGGCAGUACAGCACGUAGCAGAGGAAUAUCCUUCAAGCUUGCACAGGGUCGAUGUGAGGAUAGAGAGGAAACGAGCAUUGUUGUUUGCAGAGAGCGUGAGCGUAUUUGGGAGCGUCGAUCUGCUCUACCCCUCAUCGUCGAUAUCGGACACGAAUACUCCACCCAACCAUACAAGUCUCUCUACAAGGGUCUGGAAUCUGAAGAUCCACGGUGUUCGAGCGGACACGAUCGUCGGGCUGAACCCGCACGAGAGGUUGGAGAAACAACGAUUGGAACUGGAUGUCGAGCUGGACUUGUUGGCGCUCGGCCGCAACGAGAACAAGGCCGAAAUCGGGCUGGGAUUCGAUUACAAGACCUUUGGACGGACGGCACACGAGUACCUCCUCGCAACAUCGUUCAAGACGCUAGAAUCUCUCGCUCAUAACCUGAUGCACCAUCUCCUCCUCCGAAUUCCCAUUUCUCCUGCUCUCCCUUAUUCUGCUGAGCCCGCUAGCAUGGGCACGAAUACGACAACCGCAUCUACGCGCAGAGAUGCCGCGCGAGGGGACGUGAAUGUGGAGUACUCGAAGAGGAGGGGCGUUCCACUACAAAUCCAGAUCAGGAAACCCGCUGCGAUCGCGUUUGCGAAAUGUCCUAGUAUCGAGAUGAAGCGGACUCUGAGGGAUUACGACGAAGCCAACGAUAAAGGCGAUUCGCUGGAGAAGACGGGGAUUCCCGAACCUGAACCACAACCUCUCAUUCCGGCUAUGCGGGAGGUCUUGCCUUCUGCGACUCCGAGUUCGGACUGUGGGCAUGAUCACGAUGGAUCGUGUGGUACAACGACGAAGAAAGAGCAUAGCACUGCACAAGCCCCGUCUAGCAAGGAGGGAAUCAUCGCAUACAUAGCGAUCGGGACGAAUCUGGGCGAUCGGAUCGAGAACAUUAACGCUGCCCUGCUCCAACUUCCACGUGUGCGGGAACUUCGAGCGGAGGCGAGCGAGGUGGAACGGAUCUCGCGGGAAGAGCCCGGCGAUGUGAAUGAGGAUGAGAACGAGGCUGGUGAGGCGUACGUACGGGUGAGACGGACGAGCAGGCUGUACGAGAGUCGGCCGAUGUACGUGCUCGAUCAGGGAGAGUUCAUCAACGGAGUAAUCGAGAUCGAGACGAACCUCGCCCCGCUCUCGCUCCUGCUCCAUCUGAAACGCAUCGAAAACCGCCUAGGGCGGGUGAAGACGCUCGUCAACGGCCCGCGGCUGAUCGAUCUCGACCUGACGUUCUACGGGCGUGAGACGAUCAAGAUCGGCGAAAAGGGGGACCAAGAGGGGAGGUGGGGGGUGAAAGGGGCUGGAUGGUUGGAAGUUCCUCACUGGGCCGUUGGGGAGAGGGAGUUUGUCUUGAGUCCGUUGGUAGACCUGGAUCCUUCACUGGUUCAUCCGACAUACGGAAAGAGCGUGCACGAGCUCUUGAGGCUGUUAGAAGAUCCGACCCAGCCUCCUGCCUUGCAACCGAUCAUUCCAUUCCCCCGAUCUAGCGAGCCACUACAGUGUCAACCGCACAAGCCGUUAAUCAUGGGGAUUCUGAAUGUCACCCCAGAUUCGUUCUCGGAUGGUUCUGCCGCCAGAGUAGGAGGCAACCGGAUCAGGGCCGAAGAUGAAGAUGAAGAAGCCGAGGAUGGGAUGACGGACGAGGCGAGGGAACAAGUUUGGCUGGCACAUGUGCUUGAGCUGGCCAAAUCGCUUAUAGCCGCCGGAGCAGAUAUCCUAGACAUCGGAGGCAUGUCCACCCGACCUGGCGUCAAAGAUACGGACGUGACAGUUGAGGAAGAGCUGGCUCGCGUGGUGCCCGUCAUUCAGGCCAUCCGGUUAGAAGGCCUGACAGUGCCAAUCUCGGUGGAUACGUUCCGCCCAGAAGUGGCGGCACGUGCAGUUGAGGCCGGUGCCAGUUGCGUAAAUGACGUCAGGGGUGGAAGGGAAGAAGGCAUGUUGCAAGUGAUGGCAGAGUUGGGGUGCCCGGUAGUGCUCAUGCACUCGAGAGGCGAUUCGGUCGGGAUGCUACAAGCUGAGUCCAAGGACUAUUCCAGGCUCGGUGGGGUGGUCGAGGGUGUCAAGAGCGAAUUGAUGGACCUGGUUGCAAGGGCCGAAGAGGCUGGAGUGAAACGCUGGAAUAUCAUCCUGGACCCUGGGAUUGGGUUCGCCAAAACUCAUUCCGACAACCUCUUGCUCCUCAAAUCGCUUGGCCCGAUGUUCGGCUCGCGCUCACCUCUGGCUCCCUUCGCCCACCUAGUAGGUGCAUCAAGAAAGGGCUUCAUCGGGACCGUCCUCGAUCGCCCGAACGCCAAAGAGAGGGAAUUUGGGAAUGCCGCAAUCAACGCAAAGUGCACGUCGAGCGGAGUGGUAGAUAUUUUGAGGGUACACGAGGUCGGACCGGCCAGAGACGUAGUGAUGAUGACGAGCGCGAUGGAAGUAGUCUAAAGGCCGGUCGAGGUCAUUGCCGUCUUCUUAAUAAACAUAUAAUGCCGCCAUCAUGUUUUCAAGAGUUGAUACUCCUUCUGGGUUGUUU